AUGAGGACCUGGAAGGACAUUUUUGAAGAGAAGAUUGCAAAAAUGCACUUAACAGAGCCGUGGAUGCUUCAGGAGGAUGAUACCCUGCAGGUGAACAUCCUCAAGCCUGGCUGGAAGGAGUUUGUGCAGCGCCGUGCCCUUGGGAGGUUUCGGUGCUCCCAGUGCUUUCAGGAGUGGUCUUCUGCCAAAGUGCACGUCCUGUUCCACAUGUGCCGGUGCCAGGGCUGGGGCAUGGUGCACAUGCGAGCCUUUCGCCAGGCGUGCAGGUGGUGCCCCGACCCCCGGCUGGAGGAGGCUGAAUUUGACCAGGAGACCGUGGAGAGGCUUCUGCAUAACCUGGUGCUGAAGAUCCUCCAGUACUUCUAUCACGUGCCAAUCCAGCCCUCCGACCUCAUGGAAGUUGUGGUGGACGCGCUGGUGGCGGGGCCACACAACAGUGGUCUCUGCGAGGGCUGCCAGCUCGGCGUUUGCAGCAAGUCAAGGCCAGCUCCAGCAUCAGAUGCCUGGAAGCCCUUGAUGGGUGCAGGCAAGGCCAGGGCUCAUCGCACCCCAAAACGCCAGGGCCUGAGGCCCUAUGCAACCUCAACCCACCACCGCUCACCCUCCAACAGCAGCUUCCCCUGGAAAAGCUGCUGCUGCAUCAGCAUCUCUUUGCUCUGUGUUUUGGCAGUGAUCCUCUUCAUCCUGCUUUAUUUCCUGCUUAAUUAG